AUGGCGAGCCAUCCAUCCCCCAGCCAGCCUGGCAGUGCUGCAGCCAACUACAAGCGUGCGAGUCGCAGAGGUGCGCCUCGGCGGUUCGUUUGCGAACACCCCGGCUGCGACAAGUUGUAUUCUAGGGCAGAGCAUCUUCAGAGGCACCAGCUGAACCACAAUCCCAAAGAAAUCUUCAUCUGCGAUAUGCCAGGUUGUGAUCAGAAGUUCGUUCGCGCUGACCUGCUGUCGCGUCACAAGAAACGUCACUCAUCGUCGUACAUCCCCCGAAAUCGCGCGCCCAGCUUUGCCUCUGCGGCAUCUGGCAACCUAUCCGGCCCGGCUGUGUCAUCCCCGACUUCAGGCGCACAAUCACGGCCAGCGUUUCCACAACCUUCAACAAGCGGCCCUCACGAUGCCGCCAUCCUGCUGACUCCCGAAUCUGCUACGCCCACCCCGACGACAGGCGCAUCAAAUUCGUCUGUUGCUCAACAUGUCACAAGGAUCAGCCAACCUGCCACAUGGCCGUCCAUCGAUGAUAUGGCUGCUGAGAUGAUGCGAUCGAAGCCCGCUUACUACGGACGUGAUCAGCUAUCCCUACCUGAGGCACCGCCCCUCAUGCCAGCGUUCGACCCGAGAGGAUUCCAGCCCGACGAGGCACUUUCACGGGAGAACUUUGCGGUCUGGCUGUUCGACUCUCAAGCAAGCUUCAGUGACUUUAAUGGAGUCGCCGAUCUUCCCUUUCUCGAAGGUGGCCUUGAAUCAACUUUCAACAACAACAUUCACUAUGACUACGAGUCACUGACGAGUCGUUCACAGCUGGAUCCGUCGCCACCUCGGCAAGUCGAAGUUAGCGACGAACUCAUCAGCGAGCACCGGAGACAGGAGGUCCUCAGGUGGUUGAAGGUCUUCCGACACAAGCAGCCCAAAUACGAGCCACGUAUAGUGAGCCUUGUGCAGGAGAGCAAUGGAGACUUGCCUGCUUUGAGCCUCGAAAUGAUGAGAGAUUGUUUGCAAGAAUACUGGAAGAGAAUAUCGCCACGCUUACCGAUCGUUCAUCAGCCAACGUUUUCUUCGAAUCGCUGCUCCAUUUUCCUCCUACUCGUGAUGGUUGCUUUAGGAGCUGCAUCCUUAAGCAGCAGAGACUCGACCGGCAACUUGGAACCGUACGGAGGGCUGGCAGACGUGAUUAUCUCCAGCAGUCGGUGGGAAAUCCUUACUCACGAGGAAGCCUCAGCGCCGGUGGGCCUGUCCAUAGCUCAAGCAAUGCUGUUGCUCGAGUUCUACGAGAAGAUAUUCUCUUCCAGGCGUAUGCACGAGAGAUCACAUAUAUACCACUCAGCGCUUCUAAACCUCCUGAGGAGAGGGAGCCCUCUUAUUGGUCGCGCAGGAAGCGAAUCGCCUCCAGAAGAAGAAGCCCCAGCACCGAGCGACGGACCCUCUUCAGACUCAAGAACGUGGUGGGUUCGGUGGGCCGAGAGCGAAUCCAUGCAUCGCGUCGUUUUCGCGGCCUUCAUGAUGGACACUGUCCACGCAGCCAUGUUUGGCCACAACGCGGACAUGGCACCGCACGAGAUCCGGCUUCCCCUGCCAUGCGACGAUGGCUUGUGGACGGCCGCGACCCCAGGCGUCUUCCGACAACUUGACGGGAACUACAGAAUGUACGGCAUCAAGCAGGUAUCAUUCCUCGAUGGACUCAAAAGCGCUUUACAUGGGCAGGAAGUCAAGACACACACCUUUGGACGCAUGAUUAUCAUGUCGGGACUGCUCAGCGUCGGAUGGCAUCUAUCUCGUCGAGAGUCUCACCUCAAGUGGCUUGACCUGCGUACACCCAGCACGGAAACGCACGACAGCUGGAAGAAGAUACUUUUCCGCGCUUUCGACGAGUGGAAGGAAUCCUUUGACAAUGCUGUGGGUGCGAAUGAUCUAUCUGAAGGGCUAGGACAGCCGCCAAGUUCUAAUGGGCCCAUUCACUCUGCCGCUGUUCUCUACCAUCUAGCCCAUAUCAGUCUGCACGUCGAUAUUGUCGAUUGCCAGGUAUACGCCGGCGCCAAGCGAUUGGUUGGCCGCAAAGUCUCAACUCGCGACCAUGCCAACGCUGUUGCAAGAAUGAGGACCUGGUCGAAUGCACCAUCCACCCGGCACGCCGUUUUACAUGCCUUUAAACUGCUCUACAAGGUUCUUGUGGACCAUAAAACCCCAAAACGGCGGACGAGUAGCUUCGGCGCUCUACCUGAACCGGUCUCUGUCUACUAUUCCUGCCGCAGCGAGUCAGAUCCUCAUCGGCCGUGGAUCAUGUAUUAUGCAGCCUUGACAAUAUGGUCUUUUGUACAGGCACUUGGUAUUCCCAACAGGAACACGCCCCCGGGAAGGUUAAGUGAAAUUGCUCGCUAUCUGGCCCGUUUCUCGAGUCUGGAAGAAUUGAAUGAAGAAGCUACGCGGGACCUCAAUGAGAGGUUGCCGGAACUGCUGGAUCUGCUUGAGACCAGCCUAAAGCAGUCUCACUCAGAGCUCCUGAGGGAAGCCAGUGAAAGGCUCAAACUUUGCCGCGAGAUGUUAGUAUGA